AUGACCCCGAAGCUCGAUUACGCUUUCACUUUACACGUCGAUCUUGCUCCUCCCCAUGACUUUGGCAAAACCGCUGGAGGUGAAAAAAGAUUUGUUCCCAUCACUAGAGGAAUUCUUCCAGGUGGCGGGGAUUGGAACGCUGCUAGGCCAGACGGUGUGGUACAUGUCUUUGCCAAGUACACAAUCCAAGCCGAGGAUGGAACUCUUCUCAACGUGACCAACGAAGGAUACGGCCGAGCAAGUCAGGAGACCAUUAAGGCAGUUUUCGGAGACGAGCCAUCGAAGGCGUCAAUGGCAGAGGGAGGGGCGGCGUGGUAUACAAAGACAUUUCCGAGAUUCGAAGUAGCCCUUGGACCACUUGGAUGGCUGAACAGUGCUUGCUUUGUUGGAGAUCUUCUCCCCCCGAAGGUUCUAAAUCAUGUUAAAAUCGACGUCUAUGAGAUUUUGUAG